UUUACGGCACGAUGGUCGCACAAGAGUGUGCGAGCGGCUCGGCGGCCGCCAUUUUCUCCCUUUCUUAGCGGUUAGCGGAGCGGGGGCCUCCGCGAGCGAGCGCGGGCGGGCGGACGGUGGCUGGAGCGCGGGCAUGGCCGACUACUCGACAGUGCCUCCGCCCUCGUCGGGCUCGGCUGGCGGCGGCGGCGGCGGAGGAGCAGGAGGAGGGGUGAACGACGCCUUCAAAGACGCCCUGCAGAGAGCGCGGCAGAUUGCAGCAAAAAUUGGGGGUGAUGCUGGUACAUCAUUGAAUUCAAAUGACUAUGGUUAUGGGGGACAAAAGAGACCCUUAGAAGAUGGAGAUGGCUCUUGGACAAAUCCGAGCAGUACAACACACUGGGAGGGAAUGCCCUCUCCUUUUAAAGAUCAACCAGAAGCUAAAAAAGUUGCUCCCCAAAAUGACUCUUUUGGAACACAGUUACCUCCGAUGCAUCAGCAGCAAAGCAGAUCUGUAAUGACAGAAGAAUACAAAGUCCCUGAUGGAAUGGUUGGAUUUAUAAUUGGCAGAGGAGGUGAACAGAUCUCACGUAUACAGCAGGAAUCUGGAUGCAAAAUACAGAUAGCUCCUGAUAGUGGUGGCCUUCCAGAAAGAUCUUGUAUGCUAACUGGAACACCUGAAUCUGUCCAGUCAGCAAAAAGAUUACUGGACCAGAUUGUUGAAAAGGGAAGACCAGCCCCCGGCUUUCAUCAUGGUGAUGGACCCGGAAAUGCAGUUCAGGAAAUCAUGAUUCCAGCCAGCAAGGCAGGACUCGUUAUUGGAAAAGGGGGAGAGACUAUUAAACAACUUCAGGAACGGGCUGGUGUUAAAAUGGUUAUGAUCCAAGAUGGGCCUCAAAAUACUGGUGCUGAUAAACCUCUUAGGAUUACUGGUGACCCGUACAAAGUUCAGCAAGCCAAGGAAAUGGUGUUAGAGCUAAUUCGGGAUCAAGGUGGCUUCAGAGAAGUUCGGAAUGAGUAUGGCUCAAGGAUAGGAGGAAAUGAAGGCAUAGAUGUACCAAUUCCAAGGUUUGCUGUUGGCAUUGUAAUAGGAAGAAAUGGAGAAAUGAUUAAAAAAAUACAAAAUGAUGCUGGUGUUAGAAUACAGUUUAAGCCAGAUGAUGGAACAACACCAGAUAGGAUAGCACAGAUAACAGGACCUCCAGACAGAUGUCAGCAUGCUGCCGAGAUUAUCACAGACCUUCUACGAAGUGUUCAGGCUGGGAACCCUGGUGGACCUGGGCCUGGUGGUCGAGGACGAGGUCGAGGCCAGGGCAACUGGAACAUGGGACCACCUGGAGGACUGCAGGAGUUUAACUUCAUUGUGCCAACGGGGAAAACUGGAUUGAUCAUUGGAAAAGGAGGUGAAACUAUAAAAAGCAUAAGCCAGCAGUCUGGCGCAAGAAUAGAGCUUCAGAGAAACCCUCCACCUAAUGCAGACCCUAACAUGAAGUUAUUUACAAUUCGUGGCACUCCACAGCAAAUAGACUAUGCUCGGCAACUCAUAGAAGAGAAGAUUGGGGGCCCAGUAAAUCCUUUAGGGCCACCUGUACCCCACGGGCCUCACGGGGUUCCAGGUCCUCAUGGGCCUCCUGGGCCUCCAGGGCCUGGAGCUCCAAUGGGACCAUACAACCCUGCACCUUACAAUCCAGGACCACCUGGCCCAGCUCCCCAUGGUCCUCCAGCCCCAUAUGCUCCCCAGGGAUGGGGAAAUGCAUACCCACACUGGCAGCAACAGGCUCCUCCUGACCCAGCUAAGGCAGGAACCGAUCCAAAUUCGGCAGCGUGGGCUGCUUACUAUGCUCACUAUUACCAACAGCAGGCACAGCCCCCGCCUGCAGCCCCUGCAGGGGCACCAACUACAACCCAAACCAAUGGGCAAGGUAACUACGGAGAUCAGCAGACUCCAGCCCCAGCUGGACAGGUGGACUAUACAAAGGCCUGGGAGGAGUACUACAAGAAAAUGGGUCAAGCAGUUCCUGCUCCCACUGGAGCCCCACCAGGUGGUCAGCCAGAUUAUAGUGCAGCCUGGGCUGAAUACUAUAGACAGCAAGCAGCAUACUAUGCCCAGACAAGUCCCCAAGGAAUGCCUCAGCAUCCUCCAGCGCCUCAGUGCCUUCCCAGACCUUCCACCUUAGGUUCUGCUGCAAAAAGCAACAGUGCUGAAGAUGCUGCAAGCACCAAAUCAUAGCUCAUAAAAUCAGGUCCUGAGAUAGUUACCCAUAAAGAGGAAUCCUUUGAGUGUAUGCCAUUGGUGAGCCGAUGAGCAUGGACCAUAGAAGGGCUCAAUGUAGAAGGUAAAAUUGGCAAGUCAUAAUUGAGAAAUAUGAAAUGUAUUCCCAUACAUAAUAUGAUACAGGGUAUAAUGUACCUGCUCUUGAUCACUUUUCAUUUUAAAGUGCUAUUCACUUAAAUGUUCCAUGAACUGUUAAGUUUAAAUUAUGUAGUUUGUGUGCACACACUGUGUGUGUGUGUGUGUGUG